AUGGGCUGGCCUUGGUCAAAAACCGCGUCCCCCACCCCUUCCUGGGACUCUCCUCCGAUUUCGACCCAAGGAAAUGAUAAUAACCUCCAACCACCUCAAUUACCUUUAGAGACUCCAGCUGCGCCCUCACAAGCGACUACCACAGCUCCAAAAGCCCUCUCACGAGACGAGGUUGCUGAAAAAGAACUCCAAGCCUUCCUCCAAGAAUUCAACGCCGAUAUUCAGCCAAAAAAACCAAAAUUCACCCGCAUCUCUGGCCAACAGCAAUCGCCGACUUCCAACACCUCCCCUACCACUACCGCAGAUGCCGAAGAUAAACUCCCAGUGUCUGAGCAAAUACUACCCAAAACCAUGAGCUGCCGGCAAGCCUUCGACGAAGCUUUCUAUUGCAACUCCCUUGGCGGGAAAUUCAACGACCUAUAUCGCUAUGGUGGAUUGAAAUCAUGUUCCGAGAACUGGAGUGCGUUCUGGUUCUGUAUGCGCACGAAGAAUUAUGGGCGCGAGUUGAAGGAGGAGGCUAUUAGGGACCACUAUAGACAGAGAGAGAGACUGAAGUAUUCGAGAGAGGUGGAGGCCCAGAGUAGCGAGGAUAUUUGGAAGAGCAGGGAUAGGAAGCUGGAGUGGGGCGAGGCUUUCAAUGUCCCCUUCCCUGAAUUCGAUGGGGAUGAUGAGGAGUGGAAUAGACGAGAAAGAGAGAGGAGAAGGGGUAGGGUUGAUGGGAGUAUAUCGUAA